UUGAAUAUUCCUCUAAAUUUGGACGUGCUCGAUGUGAAGUUUGUUUUGAAAUUCCUCCAAAUUUAGAUUGGGAGACGUUAAGAUUGGUUCUAUGUGUUGUUAAUAAAGGAAAGUCAUAUGUUCCAAUUGAUAUUUAUGAUCCCAAUAGAGGCAUGGCAGAGACACUUGUUCAUAUCAAUAGAAAAGAGGUCCGAACUGACGGAUUUUUGGGGGCAGGGGAAAGUCAUGUGGUUCUUAAGUGUAUUCCAUUAUUGAAUCUGAGAAACUUACGUGAACUGAAGCGAUUGCAACAAGGUAAUAUGUGUCAAAUUAUAUUUGACUUCUUCUCCACACCCGUUAACAUCCUCUGCGGGGUCCACCUAUUAGGCCACCAGGUUGUUGAUGUCACAGUUGAUCGUGGGCAAAGGCAGGGGUUGUUGCCUGAUGCGAUGGCAGUGAAUGAUGAUAUUCAUGAUGAUCAACACCAAGACAACGAAUUGCUUUCCUUGCCUUCAGCAUCAGAGACUUGUCUUGGCAAGAGGCCUCGGUUAUCAGAUUUCAUGGCACUUGAUGAUGAUCAUCGUGCUAACGUCGUCGACGUUGGUGAUCAUGAAGCUCAAAGAGGAGAGGCGGAUCAUCCAAAGAGGAGGCACACUGAUCUUAACGAGGAGCCAAAGCAAUGAAGUUCCAAAGUGGUUUAUGUAAGCCCCAGGUUCAGCUGUCGAAAUGAACCAAAUUUCCAGGGAAUGGUCUGGUAAUCAAGGGGCGUGUUGAGGCGCCAGCAAUUUCUGAGAUUCCAUUUUAAGUUGCAUAAGGCAAUACCUUUCUUCUCAAUUUAUGCAUCCAGCAUUUAUUCGCAGAUGAACAAAACUUGUUGCAAGCCGGAUUUAUCUAAUGCUUUCAUUCCACACAUAUACUUUGUCUAUGAUUAUUCUAUCUCAUUCAUUGGAAUUGAUGUAUGUCGGGGAUGAAAUGUGACAGACUUAUCUAUUUCAUAAUUUCCAAUCAAGGUUUGUUGAAAAUAAAACAUUAAUUGUAA